AUGCCUAAUGAUGCUUUGCAUUUAGUCUUUGGUGUCAUCGGAAAUGGUACUGGUUUGUUUCUCUUCUUGUCUCCAAUGGUUACAUUCAAGAGAAUUGUCAUGAAAAAAUCUACAGAACAGUUCUCAGGCAUUCCAUACGUCAUGACUUUGCUCAACUGCUUGCUCGCAGCUUGGUAUGGUCUGCCUUUUAUAUCACCAGACAACAUAAUGGUGACAGCAAUCAAUGGCACUGGUGUACUAAUCGAGUCAGUUUAUGUGCUGAUUUUCCUCAUAUUUGCACCCAAGAAGGAGAAGGAAAAAAUCUUGGGACUUCUCAUUUCCAUCCUUGCUGUAUUUUCAACUAUUGCAGCGGUUUCGGUUUUUGGGCUCCAUGAAUCCAAGAAAAGAAAGCUUCUCUGCGGCUUUGCUGCUUCGAUAUUCUCUAUAAUAAUGUAUGCUUCACCUUUAUCCGUCAUGAGAAUGGUGAUUAAAAGCAAGAGUGUGGAGUAUAUGCCACUCUCCUUAUCCUUGUUUGUCUUCCUGUGUGCUACUUCUUGGUUUAUUUAUGGACUUAUUGGAAGAGACCCUUUUCUUUUCGUACCGAACUGUUUCGGGUGUGGAUUAGGAGCAAUGCAGUUGAUUUUAUACGCGAUUUACCACGGUAAGAAAGGCGAAACCAAUAAAACGAGCGACAAUGAAGCUUUCGAAAUGGGAAUUGGCAAGAAUUAUCAACAAAAGCAAUCAUAUGUACUUAAUGGACACCCAUAA